AUGGCGACCACUACAGAUGUCAAGGCGUCUCUUGAGAUCACCAAGGGAGCGACCAUGACGACUGAUCCCAUUCCUUUCGAUACGGAUUCCAUGUCAAGCGGCACCAAUGCCUUUCCGUACCCUACUGAAGAAGAAUGGGCCACUCUCCCCAGGGUCGCCGGCAAGAUCCCAUGGCAAGCUUGGACUGUUGCUGUUGUCGAGUUUGUCGAGCGCUUCAGUUACUACGGUACCAGCGCUGUCUUCGUCAAUUUCAUCCAGAAGCCCUUGCCCCCGGGUUCAGUUACAGGCGCUGGAUUUCUCAAGAAGCCUGGUUCUGGAGCGCUCGAUAUGGGUCAGCGUGCCAGUACGGGACUGACUAUGUUCAACCAGUUUUGGUCUUACAUCACACCUCUUGGAGGUGCCUGGCUUGCUGAUGAGUACUGGGGACGCUACAAAACCAUCCAGUACUCCAACAUCAUUGCUAUCAUCGGUCACAUCGUCCUCAUUCUGUCUGCAAUUCCUCCGGUCAUCGUAAAGCCCAAAGUCGCCAUCUCCAUUUUUUCGGUUGGUCUCGUAAUCAUGGGCGUUGGCACUGGUGGGUUCAAGAGUAACAUCUCGCCCCUAAUCGCAGAGCAAUACAAGAACCAGAGGGCUUAUGUCCGCGUUCGCAAGAACGGACAGAAAGAAAUUGUCUGCCCUGCGGUUACUUCGGCACGCAUUUAUCUCUAUUUUUACUUCCUCAUCAACUGUGGUUCUAUCACCGGAUCCAUUGCCAUGGUCUACACAGAGCACUUCCACUCUUUCUACCUGGCGUACACACUUCCCACAAUCUGCUACCUCCUUUGCCCAAUUAUCCUAAUCGCGAUGAAGAAGCACUACAAGCUCGCGCCACCUACCGGAUCCGUCAUGGGCAAAGCCUUCAAGCUUAUCAGAUUCGGCAUCAAGAGCUCUCCUCGCAAGAACACGUUCAAGGAUGAUGGUUUCUGGGAGAGGAUCAAACCAUCCGUUCUUCGCCGCAACAAUCAACCCGUCCCAGAUUGGAUGACUUUUGACGAUGCCUGGGUUGAUGAAGUAAAGAGAGGAAUUCUUGCUUGCAAGGUUUUCGUCUGGUUUCCGCUGUACUGGUUGUCGUACAAUCAGAUGACGGGCAACCUUGUUUCUCAGGCAAACACGAUGAAUUUGGGUAACGUCCCAAACGACAUCAUCUCAAAGCUGAACCCCCUGUUCAUCAUCAUCCUGAUUCCAAUUAUGGACUUCGUCAUCUACCCCGGUCUACAGAAGGCAGGCAUUGUUUUCUCGCCUAUCAAGAAGAUCACAGCUGGAUUUGCGCUUAGUUCAUUCGCUAUGGUGUCCGCUUGUGUUACCCAGCAUUACAUCUACAAGAUGUCCCCAUGUGGAGACAACAUCAACGCUCUCAGCAAGACACGCAAGGACUGCAACGCCGACAUCACCGUCUGGGUCCAGGUCGUGCCAUACGGUCUGAUUGGCUUUUCCGAGAUUAUGGCAUCCAUCACCAAGCUUGAGUACGCCUACACCAAGGCCCCUAGCAACAUGAAGUCAACCAUUCAGGCUAUCGCCCUAUCCACUUCUGCAUUUUCCGCCGCGCUGGGCCAGGCUUUUGUCAGUUUGUCUGAAGAUCCUCUGCUGGUAUGGAACUACGGUUCCGUCGCUGUUGUUGCCAUGUGUGGUGGCAUUGGUUUCUGGAUGACUUUCCGCAAGGCCGAUAAACAGGAAGACGCACUGAACAACAUGAAGGAAAGCAACUUUAUGGGCGGCAGGGAGAUUGGCGAUGCCGAGAAAGUCGAUACUUUGAGCGUACGCGACGAGAAGAACGAGAAGAGCGGAUUGUAG